AGACCUGCAGCUGCAGGACUCUUCAACGUAGCCCACGUUACCAUGGCCACCCACUUCUCCAAGGAUCAGGAGGAGAGAAUCAAGUGUGUCAAGGGGGACCUUUUCUCAUGCCCCCAGACGGAUGCCUUGGCUCAUUGCAUCAGCGAGGACUGUCGCAUGGGGGCAGGCAUUGCUGUGCUUUUUAAGAAAAAGUUCGGAGGCGUUCAAGAGCUGUUGGAUCAACAAAAAAAGACUGGGGAGGUGGCAGUUCUCCAAAGAGAGGACCGAUACAUUUAUUACCUGAUCACGAAGCAGAAAGUGUCUCACAAACCGACCUACGAGAACAUGCGGAAGAGUUUAGAAGCCAUGAAAGCUCAUUGCCUGAACAAUGGAGUUACUGACAUUUCCAUGCCCAAGAUUGGAUGUGGACUUGACCGCCUGGAGUGGGAUAAAGUUUCAGGAAUACUUGAGGAAGUAUUUGAAGACACAGAUAUAAAGAUCACAGUUUACACCCUGUGA